GCACAUCUUAUAUGGUGACCGUUUACAGUCCGAAAUUCACGCGACUAAAAGAAGAGUACCGGAUAUCACACAAAGAUACAACGAUGGAGUCGGAAAUGGAACUGAAUUCAAUAGAGAUUUGGGUAUUAGCUAUAAAUUCAUCUCCGUGCAACGCGAUGCCUAGAAUGAGCAUGCGCGACACCUUAGGACGCGUGCAGAGGCUCCGCCGUGUAGCCAGCCUGACGAGAAGACAAGGGAGUGCAGCAAAGAGUAUGACCUGCAAAGAAGUCGCAGGCCAGCUUCAGAGUGGAGCUAUAAAGAACUAUUAGGCUAAACCUAACCUGGCUUAAAAAAAGAGACGGGCAGGAGAAUAUAUAACAUACAUUACCUAGGAAAGACAGAAACGAAGAAGUGGUGGAUUCUCUAUGUAUGUAAAACAUAACAUCAACGCAAGGCUUCCUCUUUUAAAUGAUGGACCACAGCUUAGUGAGGAUGUCUGGAUUCGACUGGACAGAGUUUGGGAUCGAGGCUUCAUAUUAGGAGUGUGUUAUAGACCUCCCCGUGCAGACAAUUACAUUUAUGUAAUAUUUAAAAGAUGCCUAAAAAGUUGCUUCUGGUUGAUGUUGAUUGUGGGGUUGAUGACGCGCAGGCCCUCAUGAUGGCCUUAGCAAAGUCAGAUGUUGAAAUUCUUGGGAUAACCUGUGUCCAUGGGAACACGUCUCUGGAUAACAUCUGCCGGAAUGUGCUCAGAGUUCUCAAAAUGGGCAACAGACUAGAGAUUCCUGUGUUUAGAGGAGCAUCAAGACCCAUUAUUCAGGAGCCUUUGACUGCCUCCUUUUUCCAUGGGAAAGAUGGAUUGGGAGAUGCUCCUGACCCAGAUGCUCCAGGACUAGAGCUACUGCAGAAGGAAGGUGCUGUGGAAGCCAUGAUCAGGAUAGCUACAGAAAAUGAAGGCCAGGUUUGUUUGGUUGCUACUGCACCAUUGACAAAUCUGGCAUUAGCAGUGAAGCUGGAUCCUACUUUCCCAAGUAGACUGAGUGGACUCUGCAUCAUGGGAGGCAACAUGGAAGCAAGAGGAAAUACCACUGUCUGUGGAGAAUUCAACUUUGCAGCUGAUCCAGAAGCAGCUUACAUCGUUUUGAAUGAAUACCUCUGCCCGACACAGAUUGCUACCUGGGAGUUUGUAUGUUACAACAAGCUGUCUUGGGAAUUCUGUGAAGAAUGGAUGGACCAAGACACUGAAAAGGCCAGAUUUAUGAGAAGAAUUUUUGCCUACACUAUGCAAGCAGCAAAGAGCAGUAGGUGUGAAAAAGAAGCGGUCAGUGGUCCAGGAUUUAUGUCUUGUGACUCCUAUGCAAUGGCUGCAGCUGUUGAUGAUACAUUUGUGACAGAAUCCCAAAAGUGUGCAGUGAGUGUGGAGCUGACAGGGACGAUGACAAGAGGCAUGAUGGUGGUGGACAAUAUAGGUCUGUUGAAGAAAGACCAUAAAGUCUCAUUAAUGAAGAAGUGCGAUCUGGAAAAGUUCAAGAAGCUAAUGAUGGACGCUUUGAAGUAAUUUAAACAUUAAUAUGUACAACUAAUAACUGAUACAUUUCUCCAUACAGUAGUUUCUAAUUGUUUUUUUAAACUGCAAACUCCUGCCUGAUGUAUCAUUGGUGCCCCCUUUACAUUCCAAACUUCAUAAAUAUAAUUUAUUUUAUUGGUUUUA